AAUCAGUUCUUGCACUAUUUCAGACAGCCGUGCGUUGUUUCCGGUUCCUUCCAUGUUUGCUUGACCUCCAAGUCCGGGAUGUUCUUAUCACCUUCACCUUUGUUUGCUGCUCUUGGCGGCCGAGCAGCCGACUGGAACUAAGGAGACAUCUGCCCUCAGUCCUUUUCUCCUUCCUGCUCUCAGUCCUCCUGCCGUGCACUCGCACUUGCUGCAAGUCUGCUUGCUGUUAGGGAUGAAGAAUAGUUGGAAUUGUUGCGGGUGCAGGAUUGUGUUGGACUUAGUUGAUCAGGACCCCAGCGUGCAGACCACGACAACAGCAGACGGAACAUGAACCAUGACCAACCACGGUCCAGGAUCAAGCUCCGCCCCUCGGUGGCAGCAGUGACGUCUCCCAGGGAGGGAGUCGGCCUCCUGGCAUGUGCCAGUAGAACCAUGCAGCUGCUCUACAUCGGCCUGGAGCUGCUCAUCGCCUGCUUGGCCGUGGCGGGAAACCUGCUGGUGUGCUGUUCCGUCUGCCUCAACUCCAACCUGCAGAGCAUCACCAACUUCUUCGUGGUGUCGCUGGCCGCCGCCGACAUCGCCGUGGGGCUGCUGGCCAUUCCCUUCGCCAUCACCAUCAGCACAGGAUUUUGUGCCGACUUCCACGGAUGUCUCUUCAUCGCCUGCUUCGUCUUGGUGCUGACCCAGAGCUCCAUCUUCAGCCUGCUGGCCAUCGCUGUGGACCGAUACAUCGCCAUCAAGAACCCGCUCAGGUACAACAGCCUGGUGACGGGUCAAAGGGCAAAGGUCAUCAUCGCCUUGUGUUGGCUCCUCUCAGUCGCCAUCGGCCUCACGCCGAUGCUGGGCUGGAACAAAGGAUGGAACUCCUCCAGGGGGGCCUCUACCACUUGUCCCGAGGGCUUGACGGAGUGCCUGUUUGAGGGCGUGGUCACCCUGGACUACAUGAUCUACUUCAACUUCUUCGGCUGCGUGCUCCUGCCGCUGGCCGUCAUGCUGGUGGUCUACGCCCACAUCUUCAUGGCGGCGCGGCGCCAGCUGCGGCUGACGGGCCUCAAGAAGGUGUCGCCGGCGCCUUCCCUGAGAGCGCCCGCGUCGUCGUCCCGCUCCACGCUGCACAAGGAGGUGCACGCCGCCAAGUCGCUGGCCAUCAUCGUGGGCCUGUUCGCCGUGUGCUGGCUGCCGCUGCACGUCAUCAACUGCUUCAACCACCUGUGCCCCGACUGCGCCCGCCCGCACGUCUGGGUGAUGAACAUCGCCAUCAUCAUGUCGCACGCCAACUCCGUGGUCAACCCCUUCAUCUACGCCUACCGCAUCAGGGAGUUUCGCCAGACCUUCCGCAGGAUUCUCCACCGCCACCUUUUGAGCCGUGGGAACGGCGGCGGCGACACGCGGAGCAGCGGCGUCAGGAGAACGUCGUCGCGCCUCGCCGGAGAAGACUCCUUUUGCCGCACCGUCACUCACGCUUACGUUACGGACGCCAGCCGCUGGGCGUCGACCGUCAACGGGAAGCCUACGGCGGCUACGUGCCAGCAAUGCACCGUGGGACAGGGGGCGGAGUCUAUCACGUACCUGGAGGGAGCCGUGAGCGUGGACGUGAGGGACGACAGCAGCUGUAUCGCUUUUGUCAACGUCCCGGCUCUUUCCGCCAUACAUACGGAAUGAAUGUGACAUCCAAAUA